AUGACCACCACCACCAUUGAACCCCACUACGACCAACUCUUCCGCGACCUGGAACACCAAUUCCAAACCACUACCCUCCCCGCCGACAAAUGGUACAUCCUGGCGAUCGCAACCCUCGUUGCCGGACCGGACCCCGAACGCGCCGACCAACUAUACCUCUACCUAACCUCUCAGCCCGCCUACAGUACCCCGGAAACCCGCCAAGCCCUCUCACGCCGUCUACGCGAAGCGCUCUUCAAAUCCGUCAUCAUCGUGGGAGUCUGCAAACCCAUCGAAGCCAUCCUGGCCAUUAGCAAGUUCGAAUCCCCCGAAGACAAAGACUACACGUUCACGCGAGAGAACUGGCAAUGCGACGAGGCGAACCAUGACCGAGGCACCGCAUGGAUGGAGAAACUCUACGCACGGAAUACCUCCAACACGUUGGAUUUGUUUGCAGCGCAUAGGGACUUUGCCUGGUUGUCGAAGGAAAUCACCUACGGGUUGUUUUUGAGUGAUAGGGGGGUCUUGGAUGAUUUGGAUACGCAGCUUGUGGUGUUGCCGGCGAUUAUGAGUCAGAAUUUGAAGAAUGAGACUCAUUGGCAUAUUAGGGGCACUAGACGGUUGGGUGUGAGUAAGGAGGAUGUUAAGGUGUUGUGGGAUGCGGUGCAGCGUGUCGCGGGGUUUAAUGGGACCAGGUUGGAUAAGGUGCCUACUGUGGAUGAGGUGGAGUAUGAUGUUUGA